UACAGUGACCUUUAUUCAACUUUCCAAGAUCCAGUCCUCAGCUAAUUUACAAAACUACAAUAGUGUUAUAUACUCUCCUAGGUCUACACGGCAAAGCACAGUUUGUUGCAACUAAUGCUGCCUUAUAAAAAAAAAGGCUUUAUCCUAUGCUACCCAUCCUAAACCCAGCUGUUCAGAGCAGUGUACCUGGAAAUCAGACUCAGGGUACGGACUGCAAGACAAGGCACAAGGAAAUCCUAACACGAAGUCCUAUAUUCUGGGCAAAGGGAAGGGGAUGGCAGGUGGGACGCACCCGGGUCAGGGCGAGGGCACGGCAAGUUUUCUAUUAAAUCUCAAUAGGUUAAAACUCAUAUCCAAUGUCUGAUACAUUUUCGAGGGAAAAUGGUGCUUGAAAGAUGUUUCUACGGAAAAUAAGCUUCAUCUCAGUCAAUCUGUUCGUCCCAACUUUGGGCAGCAGGUGUGGGGGCGGGACCAAGGUCUGCGCCGUAAUCCAAACAGGCAGUCCCACCCAGGGCCACCCCAAGGCUAGAUGCUCCGACGCGACUCGAGCAGGCCACACUGUCUUUCGGACAAAGCGACGCGGUCCUCACAGGCGGGAAGGAGAGUGCGUCCCGGUCGGGAAGGACGCCGCCAGUGAGCUGCCUGCCCACGUGACGCCCGCGGCGACCUUGGGGGUCACCCUUGCGGACGCACCGCCCUCUCCCUCACAUCCGCCGCCGCGCCCGCCCCUCACUCUACGACCGCCAAUGGCGCGUCGCUCCGCGCCCCGCGCGACCUCGGAGCGCGCUCGUACCCGCCAAUCUCCGCCCGCCGGGCGGGCCCCACGGCGCCAUUGGCUACCACGGCCAUCUAUCAGGUCCCGUCCCUCCUACCACCCUCCGUCAGCCCCACUCCAUCCAGCUCCACUCCCCUGUCACCGCGGCACCCGCAGCACCAAGGGCGCGGCGGCCUCGCCCUUUCCCGCUAUCUCCAACCCCGGGCCGCCAAGCGCCGCGCUACCCGGCACUGGGACGGGCGCAGCGACAGCGCAAGGUUACCUGUCUCCGGCUCAGCUCCACCCGAAUGAGGCGCCGACACCCCACUCCGGGGCUCUAAACUCUCGGCCCCGCCCUGGCGUAUGGCGUCAACACGUAGCCCUCCCCUGGAGAAGAAGGCCCUCCCCUCUUACAGUGAACCGAUUCGUGACGUCACAGAGGCGCGCCGGACGUCACCGCGCCGACUACGCAGUUGCGGGAGCUUGGGCCGGCGGGAGCCCAGCUGUUUGCUCCGCCAGAGCGAUGAGUUUGAGUCUAUGGACUUCCAGCGGCUUCUACGAUCAUAACAGCAGAUAUUGGGGUGACGAGGAACAGCGAUCCAUCAAGCACGAUAGUCCCAUAGAGAACACAGAUAUCUCAAUUGGGCCAGUAUUCAGACCAAGGCUAUGCCACCCACAGAGACGAGGUGUCACCAUGUAGCCCAGACUGAUCUUGAACUUCUGGACUCAAGCGAUCUUCUUGCCUCGGCCUCCCAAAUGCUGGGAUUACUGGCAUGAGCCACUGUGCCUGACUGCCUAAGUUAAAUUUUCUACAGUGGAGAAUACAAUCUCUUUAAUAUUAUCUCUCAGUUGAGACAAAUUUCAGCAUCCUCCUUAAAAAAAAAAAAAAAAAGAAAGAAACAAAAUAAGUUUGCUGAUA